AUGGCUGUUGCCGACCCUCCGACCAUGGCUGAUACCGAAUCUAUGACCAACAAGCGGCCGCUCAUCGACGACUUCGACAAGAAAAGUGACGCUGAUCGAAUUCCAGUGACCUUAUUGUCAGGCUUCCUCGGAAGUGGCAAAACCACGUUGCUGCAGCAUUUAUUGAAAAACAAAGAUCACGCCCUGCGUGUAGCAGUCAUCGUCAACGACAUGGGUGAGCUCAAUAUCGACGCUAACCUUGUUGCUUCGGCGGGUGUACUUCAACGAGAAGAGCAGCUUGUCCGACUUGAGAAUGGCUGUAUUUGCUGUACUCUGCGCGUCGACCUGCUCGAACAAAUUGUUAAAAUUGCCCAACAGGGCGAGGUUGACUACAUUGUUAUUGAGAGCUCAGGCAUUAGCGAGCCUAUGCAGGUGGCCGAAACGUUCGUGUUCGAGCUACCUGAAGGCGCUGAAGAAAUGGCUUCAAUGAUGUCCCCUACUUCAAAGCGGUCUCGGACCGACUCUGGGGAAUCGUCGGGUGACGAAAUCAGUGUCAUCAGUUCAUCCCCAUACCAGUCGAUUUCAACAGGAAUUCCAACCGUGCAACUCGAGGAACUGCUCGUGCGCGACGGCAAGAAGCUGCCGUUACUGCGUGACAUCGCGCUGCUCGACACAUGCGUAACAGUGGUUGAUGCCGCUACCUUCUUCCACGUGUUCGACGACCCACGGAUGCUCGCGGACGUCGAGGAGAAUCGCAAGCAACUACCAGAGGGAGACACACGAACUAUAACGGACCUCUUGAUCGACCAAAUUGAAUUUGCCGACAUCAUCCUACUCAACAAGACGGAUUUGGUAUCUACUAAGGACGUCGAGGCUGUGGAGAAGGUUCUUCGUCGACUAAAUUCGUACGCAAAAAUUGAGCGUACCGUUAAGGGUCGUGUUGAUCCCAGGACGAUUCUUGGUACAAAGUUAUUUUCAUUCGAGCGAGCAUCCAACCAGAAGGGUUGGCUCGAGUCUCUCACAGUUGCACAUACACCCGAAACUGUUGAGUACGGCAUCGGGUCGUUCCUUUACAAGGCAGAGCGGCCAUUCCACCCCGCACGCUUAACGGGUAUUAUUCAGGAUGAGUUUGUCAUUGUUGAGUCCCCGACACUGCCACCAUUUCCGUCGGAUGAAGACGACGACGGUCACAACCAUAACCAUGAAGAAGAAGAAGAAGAAGAAGAGGAGAAAGAAGAAGAGAAAGCUACUGGGGACGAGGAAAUGGAGCCCGAGCAAGAUGGUGAUCCCUUAAGUAAGGAAGAUAUCGCCAAACGGCUGGAAGGCAAACAGAACGGACUCUUCAAGAAUCUACUCCGCAGCAAGGGUGUUUUUUGGCUUGGUACUCGACCCUAUAAUUAUGCUACGUGGUCACAGGCGGGUUUGUACUGCACAUUGUCUAAUGGUGGCAUGUGGAUAGCCGCAUUGCCUGAAGAAGAGCGCACUCGAACCAUGAAAGAACUACCUAACUACUCGGAUCUUAUGGCCCGUAAGCAUGGUGAUCGUGGCCAAGAGCUCGUGUUCAUCGGUCGUUUCUCGCAGGAGGACGAUGAAAUUGCAAGGAUCCGUGCAGCGCUUGACUCUUGUCUGCUUACGGAUGAGGAGAUGAAGCAGUACACCGCCAAUGACACUGAGGAGUGGGAAGACCCGUUUGAGCCGUGGGAGUACUAUACUUUUGAGGAUUAA